UCCUGAACAACACCCAGGUCACCAAACCCUCGCUCCUCCGCCGCCGGGGCCGGGGCCCCAAAUCCGGCCCCGCCCGCAGCAUGGCCGCGCGGCAGCCGCCGGCGCUGGUGGACGAGCUCGUGGAGGAGAUCCUCCUCCACGUCCCGCCGGACGACCCCGCGCGGCUCAUGCGCGCCGCCGUCGCGUGCAAGCCCUGGUGCCGCCUCGUCUGCGGACCGGGCUUCCGCCGUAGGUUCCGCGAGCACCACGGGUCGCCCCCCUUGCUGGGUGUCGUCUCGAACUGCAUGAACGAAGACGGCGCAAAGCUCGCUCGCUUCGUCCCCACCGGCUCCUUCCGGCCGCGCCGCGCCGAGCUCAUCAACUGGCUGGCGAUCGACUCCCGCCACGGCCGCGUCCUUUUACGCAGCUCGUUUUCCGGUGACCACUUCAACGUCGCAGUCUGGGAUCCUAUCACGGACGAGCUUCUGGAACUGCCCGCGACGCCGUGGAUGCCGCAGAUCAUGCACAAUUACAAAGGAGCGGUGCUCUGCGCUGCCGAUGGCUGUGACCACCUGGACUGCCACGGCAAACCCUUCCUCGUGGUCUUUGUGGGCGCGGCCUCUCAGUGUAGUAAGAUGUCCUUGUCCCUCCAUGAUCCAAAACUUAUGAUGUCGUCCUAUGUCUACUCGUCAGAAGCUAAUGCGUGGAGUGGAUCAGCUCAUCAUGGGUACUUAGGUAAUCUUUUGCAGUCGGUACGCAGCACUCUUGUGGAGAAUGCACUGUACUUUGUGGUCAAUAAAUCUCCAGGAAUUCUCAAGUACAAUUUGGGUACCCGGAAAAUGACUACGAUUAGACGGCCACCUAUGAGCAAUGCCCACAGUGCACUCAUGAUUGCAGAGGGUGGUGGGCUGGGAUGCGCCGCAUUGACAUGGUCCAAAAUCUGCCUAUGGUCAGCAGAGGUUGGUCUUGACAGGGAUAUCAGAUGGGUGCUAGGCAGAACCAUUGAGUUAACCAGACCCGUCCCUGCUGGUCAUUCCAUAUGCGGAUUUGAUGUAGCGGCCUUUGCGGAUGGCAGUGGUAUCGUUCAUGUGGAGACAAAUCAAGGGUCUUUUAUUGCUAAUUUGAAGUCUGGAGAGUUCAGUGAAGUAAGAGGGGUCAAUGGUACCCUGGACAUCUUUGUUCCAUACAUGAGCUUCUAUACUCCAGCACUGCAAGUGGCCCCUAUAGAUGAGGAUCCAAGAGCUGGUGAGUCACCAGCCCUAUCUAGUGAAGUGAUCAAGAAUUUGGCACCUGAAGCGCUUUCUGAUGAAGGCUUGCCAAGAAAGAAGAAACUUGUAGAGGCCAUUGGGCAAUCCAAGGCAACGCGGGAAGACAAGGACGCUAAGGAAAAGGCCAACAAGUCCAAUAGUAAACAACAAUGAAUAUCAAUGAAGCAUGAGAACUGAAAACUAGAGUAGCGCAAGUCCCUCUGCUAGCACAUAUUUCCAUUUUUUUUGUUCUUCAGCAGGAUCUAUCUUUUGUAUUUCAAUAUCGUUUUAUAUUUCUGGGUGUGGACCGAGUGUUUGUUUCCCUUGAGAGUACUCCGGGAUACGAGGUGAUUUCGUCAGUAA